GUUUAUCUCCGGGAAAUUCUUCUUUUCUUUCUAUCUUUCCUUCUUAGGUAAUCACUUUCGAGCGAUAGCUGGCUUUUGGAAAGUUGAAUUGAUUGACGUGACGUCUUGAGCUUGAAACUUGAGCCGGCGCAUUUCAAAGUUACACUUUUAACUCCUAAGAAUAAUCACCGCGAUUAAUAGACAACAACCUAUCUGUCAAAAUGUCUGCGCUCUUCAACUUCCAGUCCCUCCUGCUCGUCAUCCUCCUCCUCAUCUGCACAUGCGCCUACGUACACCAAAUAUUUCCCACGAUCCUAGACCGGAAUAAGCAAGGUUUCAUGGGCAUCUUCUGGAAGGCAGCCAGAAUAGGGGAGAGACUAAGUCCCUAUAUAAGUCUAUGCUGUGUGUUCAUGGCGGUAAGCUGAGCAUUUCCUCUUCAAGAGGGUCGCGAAAUAAACACACAGCUAACGGUCACAAAGGUCUCCAUGGUUGCCGGUAACUAGCGCGCAUCGAUUUACGGCCCUGGAAGUGUAUCGCAUAAGACAAAUAGGAGUUGGGGUGUUUGGUUUUGGGCAACGGUGUAAUUGGUAAUAUUGAGAAUUUGAGGACGUCCCGAAUGAUCGAAGUUCCCUCCCUAACACGAUAUCCGUCGCAUACUAGGUGCUCUUUCGACUUCUUCGUCUUAUCCUAAGCUUGUGGUUGUGCUGGUCUUUAUCCAUGUCGCGUUGGUCGAGUGACAGCACAAUAUAUUGUUUACUGCAUCAUGGCGAGCGGCCAGUGAUGGUGUACGAGGAUCUAUCUAGUAUCUGUUUGCGAGAUCGGCCCUCUUCGGCAUCCUUACGCCUCGACUAUCGAUUAUCUGAUGUAGGACUUGGCAACACGUCACGGGCAAUGCUACGGGAAACCCACACGGACGGCUGGUGUUGCGUGAGAAUACUGGGUGUCACAGAUAAGAAUUACGACACAAUUACCAGAUACACCUGCGUGAAGGGGUUUUCGUGGGGGGAAGGGAGAUUGGGUAUCACUCCAGCGCAAGCGAGUGACCUCUACGGGAUAAGUGCAGGCUGUCAAUGGUAUCCUACAUAGACACUAUAUGCCGGAAGAGACCUCAUAUAAUAUAGGGUGUAGCAUAUUGUAAUCACAUCCAUAAAUGCUUUGAAAA